AUGCGAUCAACAACCUCGUUAAGAUGGGGUAUCCCAUGUAACUUGCUUAGAAUAUGGUACAAGACAGUAGUGGAAAGAAUUAUUCCAUAUGCCGUUGCUAUUUGGGGAACUAACAUCUCUUCCCAAAUGAGACGUUCACUACUCUCCAUACAGCGACACCAGCUUCUUCUCAUUUGCAAGGCUUAUCGUACCACGUCCACGGCAGCCUUACAAAUUAUCGCAGGCACGCCGCCACUGGACUUGUUAAUUGAACGAGAGGCUGCAGUGGUUAACGUAAGCAGACUACGACACACCAUGAGUCUCUGGGGACAAAUUUAUAUCCAUAUUGAUUAUGAGCAUCACAUACCGCAAGCUACCUGCCACCCUGCUAAAAAUAACCUUGUGGACAAUAUCUACUUUAAUAGAACACGGGACUUGGGAUUUGCAAAUGGUGUUUUCACUGAUGGCUCUAAAACGUCAGGGGGCACGGGAAGCGGAUUCUGUAUACUAUCUGGAGGAGCUUUAACGUAUGAGUGGAAAAGAAAGCUCGCUACUGAAAACUCUGUCUUUCAGGCGGAGCUCAUAGCAAUCAGAGCAGCUCUUCUCCACCUUAAGAAUAAUCCCACAGUGCCCAAUAUCAUCUACACAGACUCAGCCUCAAGCCUCGCUGCGAUAGCUGGAAUUCGUUCUCGCAGUCCUAUUGUCAGCAGCAUUAGAGACAUUCUAACACACAUGCCUGCAUCGCAAAGACCCUCACUCAUCUGGGUGCCCGCUCAUACGGGAAUAGAAGGAAAUGAGAGAGCAGAUGUUCUUGCAAAGGAAGCAGCAGAUUCAUCCACUUUGCGAGAAAAUUUUCAGCAGUACAAGAUAAUUGUGAAUGAUGAGAAGUAUCGGGAAGAUCCCACAGAACUUCGAUGUCAACGAUUACGAAGAUUAGUAUUAACAGAAACGAUGGAAUCAUAA